AUGGCACUUAUCCUGCUGGAGCCUUCUUCCUCUUAUGCAUCUCCUGUGGACGACUCGACCUCCGGCGCGCAAACCUGCGACGUGGCUACGAAAGAAGCAGGCAAGCCGGAAGCAGCGCUUGCUUUGACCCUCAACGCCGAAUCCGACGCCGUUUCGUUCAAGUGUAGUUCGACUCACAAAGCAACGAUUGCGCCAAGCAACGCGGAUGUUUACAACGAUGACAGUUGCACGUCUGUUCAAACCCUGGCCACGUUGUUCACGGAUGCGGCGAUGACAGGGGGAGAAGGUGAUGAUGAACCAAAAACGUACACGCUGACCAUCCCAAAAAAUUCGCGUAAGGCAACGGAGACAUUACUGUGUUACAAAUGUAUUCUGGAUGCUCAAGUACUGAGCAGAGAGUUACCCGAGUUGCCACAAGCGGAAGGAAACGUGUGCAAGGUCAAAAUUACCGUUGCGGCAGUCCCAAAAAAAGAGCCUGAAGCCGAUAAAAAUGACGAUCAACCGGAGGGCGUCUUCCAGUGUGCCAGUGAAGACGGCACUAAGGAGGCCAGCGUAUCGGCAGAAUCUCCACUCCUAUUCAAAUGCGGAAGUGGACUGUCCCUGCAGCCAACAAAUUUGGAAAACGUUUUUGAUGACCAGGACGGGACGUGCGCCGACGAAGUUGCCUUGGAUACUGUAGUUGAUGCGACAUUAACUCAAGCGGAAACUAAUACAAACGAUCCAGAACAGACAGGCGCUGUAUACCAGCUUGUCGUGAAAACGGCACCGUCAGAGGAUACAGCCCUUUGCUACAAAUGUGUCCCUGCAUCGGCCGCCCCAGAAAACAGGGACACACCGGGAGAAGGCUCUACUUUGAAAGAGUGCCUUCUCAAGAUCUUUGUGAAAGGGAAUGCAACUUCGGCGUCUGAAAGGACGUGGGGAGCUUCGCUGUGGGCCGUGUCUUUCCCGGUGGCAGUACAAACGCUGGUCGGAGUCCUGUACGUCUCAGAGUGA